GGAAGGGGGCUGGACCAAGAAAAGAGACCCCUCUGGAGGCGCAUUUACAACACUACACCAUCACCUAGAACGGCUGAGCCGGACCUUACCCAGCCCCAGCCUCCCAGCAAGUGAUUUCCAAAUUCAGCCCAUCCAACCUGCAACAAGCUGCUCUUCCUCAAUUCACCGCCUAUACCGCACUGACCGUGCCUGGCCAUUAGAUUUAUUGAUCCGGACUAUCUAUGGGGAUUUUUACGGAGAUGUAAAGAUUUUUGCCCCCUCCUUUCUUCAUGGCGAACAAAGCGAUCGAUUGGGAGAGCGGCGGAGAUCGCGACAUGUACGGUCACUUUCAGGACUGGUGUCUGAGGACCUACGGGGAUUCGGGCAAAACAAAGACGGUCACUCGGAAAAAAUACGAUCGGAUUGUGCAGCUCCUGAGCGGAGUCGAGCUCAGCUCAGUUGAUAAUGCAAAAUUCAAAUUUUGGGUGAAAUCCAAAGGAUUCCAGCUGGGGAUGGGCGAUCAGCGAAAGGGUUCUGCCGGAAAACCAGCGGUGUACGUACCAGUAAAAACCACGACUGGAGAUGGAGUCACCACUAAGGAGAGCAUCUCACUGAAACGUGUAGCUGUGGUGGAAGAUUUUUUUGACAUUAUUUAUUCUAUGCAUGUGGAAACUGGAACUGAGACUGGGAGGACGGCGAAACAUGCUGGUCAGAAACGGACUUACAAAGCGAUAGCUGAAACAUAUGCAUUCCUGCCAAGAGAAGCAGUGACAAGGUUUCUAAUGAGCUGCACUGAAUGUCAAAAACGAAUGCAUAUAAACCCAAAUGGUGUGGACUCAAAAGAAAAUGAAAGACCUUCUUCACUGGCUGGGGUGAUAGAUUAUAAUAUGCCCAUUACUGCCACAUACCUGAAGCAGAUGAAACUCCAGUUUAUGUGUGGACCUCAAGAUUUGGAUGAAAGUUCAGUGAGCAGUGAUGAUUUUGACAUGAGUGACACCACAUGGAUUUCAGCUGACCAGUUUGUGAACCCCAGCCCCAGUCAAGAAGAGAAAAUGCACAGCCCUCAGAAUCUACAUAACCAAGAAGAUGAUGAUUCAUCUUCAGAAUGCUGCAGCGGGAAUGGCUCCACUACUCUGAACCCUUCAGCAUCAAACAGUAUACAAGGGGGCAGUACAUUCCCUGAAGUGAACGGAAACAGUUCCACUGGCUUGGACUACAGUGCCAGCUCAGAGGACCAGCCAGUCAACCUGAGUGAACGGUUUCAGCCUAGUCAAGUGGAUAAUGGAAGUACGGAUGGGCAAAGAAACCGGGUCAAAUACAUUGGAAAAGGCACAUCAGAUGUUAGAUUGAACAGGGAUGCAAGAGAAUAUGGGAGUAAGUCUCCACCCUACAGCUCAGGAAGUUAUGACUCUGGAAGAAAUGAGCUCUCAGGAAGUUGUCCUGAGGACCUCUCGAUUAACAGAGGUGGGGACGAUGAUGAUGACGAUCAUGAUGACCAUGAAGACAGUGAGAAGAUUAAUGACUCGGAGGGAAUGGAUCCUGAGCGACUGAAGGCCUUUAAUAUGUUUGUGAGGCUGUUUGUGGAUGAAAAUCUUGACCGAAUGGUUCCCAUUUCGAAACAGCCCAAAGAAAAGAUUCAAGCUAUAAUUGAGUCUUGCAGUCGACAGUUCCCAGAAUUUCAGGAGCGAGCCAGGAAACGCAUUCGCACUUACCUCAAGUCCUGCAGACGAAUGAAAAAAAAUGGCAUUGAACUGGCAUCUCGCCUACAUGCCUCCUCCUUCAGACAGGAGGACAGGGAAGAGGGGGCCUCCAAUUUCUUCAUGUCUACUGUCGGUGCUGCAACUCCUUCUUCAGCCAACAGGAAGCGUGCUUGCUGGAGGGUGAGGCGGACAUCAGGUUUUCCUUCCUCUGAGCCACGGCCUACCCCACCUCACCUGACCUCAGCAAUGGCGGAGAAUAUUCUAGCUGCUGCAUGUGAGAGCGAAAGCCGGAAAGCAGCAAAGCGGAUGCGACUGGAAACCUAUCAGCAGCAGGAUGAACCUAUUGCACUAGAUAAACACACUCAACAAGCCAGGGAGGCGGCCCAGCUCGCGCACACCACUUAUGCACUGCCAGCUGCUUCUUACUCACAGGAUCAGAUGUACAUCAAUGGAGGACUGAAUUACAGUUACCGUGGUUACGGAGGAAUAGGAGGUGGACUGCAGACUACGUUACAGACUGGCACCCUCAGCAAUGGCCCAACUGAUCUCAGCAUGAAGGCGCUGGCCUCAAAUUCGACUUCAUCCAACACAAGCAACAACAGGGGUGUACCAGCAGCACAGCUCAGUCCAACAGAAAUUAACGCGGUUCGGCAGCUCAUUGCUGGCUACAGAGAAUCAGCAGCCUUCCUCCUCCGUUCUGCAGAUGAACUUGAAAACCUAAUUUUACAACAGAAUUGACUCCUGUCAGCACAGUCCUAGUGAUAACACCCCACAUUCUGUAGUCACCCAGUUCAAAACUGGAAAUGGAGAGGAGAUUCCUCUUGUUACAAUGAUGGCCAUUAACCCAUUGCUGCUAUGGAAGUGAUAACGCCACCAACCUUUAACCUCAGACCUUCAUCAGGACCAAGUGUGCGAGUGCAGAUGUCUUCAACCCAAGGACCUCAUUCACCAGAGUAUUUGUUUUCUUACCUGGCAGCACAGACUGAGAGAUUUGACACGUGCAAGAACUCAGCUCCUCUCACAGGCAGCAGUAGUUCCUGUCCAGUUGCCAUCCAAAACCCAUAACGCAUUCAGCUCCCAGGUGCAAUACCUAGUAAUGCUGCUAAUAGAAAUAACCUAGUGCAGGCCUCUGGAUGAACAAUAGAGCAAAAGAAAAUAAUCUCUACUGGUUUUGAGCUCAUUCUGGUCAUUAAUUAUGAGGAUAGUAGCAUCAGAAAGUACAUGCGUCAUUAGACUAAUUUACAAAAGCGUUUUUUAUUACCAGCCUUUUUGUGUUUUCCUAUUGAACAUCAGAUUCACUAGAUACUAUCCAUGGUGAAGCCUACAUUCUGUUACUGCUACAACUAAUGGAGGCACUUGUUAGGGAUCCACACGCAAAAUGUCUCAGUAUUAAUUUGAUCGUAUAUGGAAUAAUAUAGAGCCAAACAAAAGGUAGGUGCAUUGAUUGGUUCUCGUGUGAAACUCAUGUACAAGAGAUGUAGCUGUGAGUGUACAAGGCCAGUGCAGAAGAAACAUCAAAUAUUUUUAAAUAUAAUUAGUGAAGUGCACUUUCAAGAACAUAUAGACCAUUUAGUGCUUGCCUGUAUAUAUUGAUAAAUUGGAGCUAACAUCUAUAUAGGUGAGUGAUACUUCAUUAGUACUGGAUAUUUAAGCUCGGUAGAAUUUUAAUGCAUUUUCUGAUUUCAGAAUGUGCGUGUGAAAAUACAGGAUUUAAUUCUGUAAUUAUGUUAUUUUGUACAUAGUAUCAGCAGAAUAGUUUUUUUUAGAAACAUUCUAUACAAAGUCAAAACUCCCGUUUUAGUCAUUGCAGGCUUCACAUCAGUCUCUUAUUACCAAAAUAUUUUGGUGGAAUUAACAGAUGAAGCUUAAUGCAGGCAGGACAACUCAUCUGUGAAGAAAAUCCAGAGCAUGACUACUUUAAGAAGAUUCCCUACUCUGUUUCAAUACCAUAAGCAGUGGAACUGCAUUCUGUAUCAAAGAAAGUGUAACAAGAAUAUUGUUCAGAAACUUCACAUCACUGUAUAAAUAUUUAAAAUUUAACCCUAGGCUUGCAUAGUUUUAAGCAUAUCCAGUACUUGCAGGGGUUUUAGUAAAAUAAAAUAUUCUAGUAAACCAAUAAGAGUGAGUAUUACCCAACUAGAAUAGGCUAAACAAAUGUAAACUGAGGGAUACAUUUUAUAGCCAGUCAACUUCUUAGGUGGUUCUCAAAUCAUAGUUUUGAUCAUCAGUACCAUGAAGUUACAUCAAAUAACUUCCACUUUAUUCACUGCCAAAUACUACAUUUCAUAUCCUGCAGGACUUAAGCUUUUAUCUCUUCAGCAAAUGAAGAUGUGUGAUGAAAUCUUUCAGAACUCAGGUAACAGUUUAUACCAAGGUAAACUUUUUACUGUUUUUUUAAAAAAAGAAAAAAGGGUGAAUACUGUGAAACAGAAACUGGUUUGUCAUUUUAUACUUUGACUCUGCUUUUAAUAGUUAACAGUAGCUGCAAAAAUAGUUAAUCUAAGUCUUUUAUUGUAAGAAAUAAACACUGUAUUGGGAUAGUUUCAAACUAAAUUUAGUUCUCAAAAGCUUAACCUUUAUUCACUGGCACCAAACUGUAUAAAUAUUUGCAUAAGAUAGCUCUAAGAAGGGAUUAACCAAUAUGUUAGCUUGUUUCAUUGCAAUGGAUGUGCUUGAUUUCAUUCAGGUCAAUAACAUUACUGUCUACAUUCAGGGAUAAACUCAUUAAUUUUGGAGAAAUAUCUAUCUGUUAUAUUCCAGUGCUAGCAGUUAACCCAUCAGAGGAGAGUGGAUAUUCUUCCAACUACCACAAGGUACCAUAUGAUAUCAGCUUUCCAAAGAAUUCUACUGAAACCUGUUUUGCUGUGGAAAUCUCUCAAAUUUGCUCAGAGGAUUCAUUAAAUCUUGCAUUUUUCAAAAGGGCUUAACUCCUACAACUUUUAACCAAACUUAUCUAGUGAAAAAUGUGUUUCUGCACCAUAAAAUAAUGCUACGUUGAAAUAAACUUCAGUUAUACUUUGUAGAAAGAUUGCUUCAGGACUGAUGUUGCCCAGAUAUCACCAAAUACAUUGGUUUCUACUUUUAACCACUAAUGUAACAAAGGCUUUUUAUGAGAUACUUCUACCUCAGUUUUCCCUUCAUUAUUCAUAACGAUCAGCUGUAAAAUAAAAUUUAGCCGCAAUCACAAAUAUACAUAUUUCCACCAAUCCAGAAAACAGAAACUUGGUUAUUCAUUCCACACCACCACAGUAUAUUAAUAAGUUCCUUUUCUAAACACCCUCCCUCCAAUAACUUUAAACACUACUGUCACCUGACCAGAUUGUAAAUCGAAAUGAGGCUGCACGCCAACUUCACCAAGAGAGCUUCGCAAGCAUGCAUUGAAUUGUUUAUUUUAACAAACAGAUAAUUAUCAGAAAACAAACAUCAACAGAGAUUUGAAAUUGCAUUUUAUAGGGAAAUCCUUCAAAAUCCAUGCCAACUUUAGAAAGGCAAUCUGUACGCAUGCAGUAACAUAUUGCAGGAAAUAAAUUAUCAUUAAACCAGUGAUGCAUACUAGAUAUCAUUGACAUUAUUGAAUACAGUGCAACCACACAUCUCAACCACCUGUUUGUCAUACUGAGAUGAAAUCUUCCUGAGACUCAAGGCCAAAGCAAUCCAGCAAUAUUCAGUUAAUUAUAGAAUGACCUGAUAGUUAAGAACCAUAAACAGGAAUAGUUUUCAACCAGACCUCAACUAUUUUGGACCAAAGGAGAGAAUGAAGUAGAGAGAAAAAAAAUCUAGAAGCAGCAAAGAGAUUCAGUAGUCCAUGUGCACAACUCACUUAAAUGUAGCCGUCAGGUACAAAAAUCAUGUUGGACUUUAUAUCAGGAGGGCUGGAAAAUAAAAGAGAGGAUAUUUUUCUACAGCUACACAGAACUGUAGUUAGACCGUAUCUACAGUACCAUGACUUACCAGCUUUGGAUGCCAGCCCUAAAUCACCAGAGUAUUACAAUCAAUAAGAAUGAGGAGCAAUUCCAUGAUCCAGGCUUGUGUUCCCUGAAGAAAAAUGAAAGACUUGGGAGUAACUUAAUUGAGAACAUUAAGAUUUUGAAAGACAUUAGAAUAGUAAACAGAAGAAAAUAUUUCCAUUAUCAGGUAAGCCUCGGAUACAAUAUAUAAUCUUGAAAUUAAACUUUCAAGGGAUGUAAAAGGAAAGCUCACUCACAAAAAAGAGCUGGCAUUAAUUUAAGAAUUUAAAAUAACAGUUUAGAAGAAUUUUUGUUAACUAUGACAGCUACAGUUUAUAGAACCAAGCCAGGUAACUGGAUAUGGGUUACACGUCAGCCAUUAAUUGCAGCAACCUGUAUCCCUUCUUGUCCAAUUCUGUUCCCAACUCAGUUCCCAGUGCAGCAACUUUUAGCAAACACAUUAUUUGAUGAAAGCUUUAAAUCAACACAAUUUUCACAACACCUCUUAGGGCAAUUAACCUUCACUUAUUUUUACUGGUUUAGUUUAAAAUAUUAAGGCAAAAGUACGCUUCAUACUGAAAAUGCUACCAUCCUCAUAACAGCCCAAUUGUACAGAGCAAUGACAUGAAUGGAUUUUGAUUUGAUGAUAGUCAUGACUGUAAUAGUUUAAGUUAAACGGCAAUGAAUGCUUAAUAUAACCUCAUUCAUACACUUCUGGGACCUCGUUCAAGCCGAAGAGCUGUUGAUGUUCUCUGCCCUCUGUUUUAAGCUAAUCGUCCUUUAAAGUGCUUUGUGUAUGACACAGAGUUGCUUUUUUUUUUAUGAAAAAGGGUGGGAGGGAAAUGUUUUUAUUAAUGUACAGGAUGUUGCAAAAUUUUGUUCUGUGUGGGUUGUUGUCCUUAGCAGUUCCAGAAGAGAGACAGAAAAAAUAGGCAAAAGACAAUCUUAGCCCCCAUUGAUGCUGUGAGUAACUUUUUCCAUAAGUGCAGCUAUUGAGUAAAAUUGGGGGAACACUAAGUAUUUUUCAGCCAUAACUUAAAGUCACUGAAAUGUUGUUGCACAAUGAUAAUGAAUACUUCUGAGGGCUGUGUGUAAUUAUGCAGUCAUCAUUCAAAGAUCUUAACCCUCUGAGUGCUGAUUUUUUAAAAAAUUCUAGCUGUUAGGCCGUUUACUUUGUUGAACUACUGUACUAUUGCACCCGUUUGCAGAAAAUGCUGACCACAGGGGACAUUUUCUGUAUGGAAACCAUUCCAAGUGACACUGAACAAUGCUAACCGUACUGUUACAAAUGUGGAAUUGAAAGGAUUAAUAAGCAUUAACUGGCUUAAAAUUUGAUGUGUCGUACACAGUUGCAGUCAGCAAAUUAACUGGAUGUUGUUAUUAAACAACAAAAUAGUGGUGCUUUUGGUUUAUUUUGAUGGGGAGGAGGAGAAUCCGUUUCCUUAACUGUUUGUACCUAAUACCAAUGUGAACUUUGUAUUUCCUUCUGAUUUUUGACUCAGUGAAAGUGUGGCUGUUUACAUGUACAGAUUUUGCGAUUUUGUGUUCUCCAAUACCCUGUAUUAAUGCUGUAGAAAGAAAAUAUCCCAAAUUCUUUUAAUAUUUAUUGCAUAUACACAGUGAAUAUGUUUUCCUAUACAUGUGGCUAAUUAUUUUGAUUCUUCGUGUUGAUAUAAGUAAAGCAAAUGAGUUUUUUGUAUUCUUUUUUGUUUGCUAAAUGAAUAGCAUGGGCAGUUCUACUUACAUAUCACUUUAAAUAUGAACCAAUGAUCUUGCUGGAGCUAUCAGUAUGGUGUCAAACUAGCAAAAUGCACUGGUUUCAUUAUACUCUGUGGAAUAUCUUUGUACUAUAUACAUAUAUAAGAUGGAGUACUAAUAAAACCAAUAUACUGUGUAUCAAAAAGAAUAGUCAGAUGCUAAUAUUCUUUACUAUCAAAGUCCUGAGCCUUUUGCUUACUGACAUGAACAACUGUAGGGGACUAUAAAAUCCUUGCUCACACUCCCAAUAUGAGAACAAUAUUUAUUACAACUUCAAGGUGCACAAAGUGGAAUUGCCACUAUUGCCAGAAAUAGUUGUGGAUGCUGUUACUUUAAUACCUCUGCCUACUGUCUUAGGUUUUCCAUAAAUCUCCUGGCUGUCUGCAGAUUGGUGUCAGCUUGGAGCACUGAUUGGUGUCACAGUCAUCUCUCUGUUUCAUCCAUCAGGACCUGUUGGUGCGGUGUUUUGGCAAGUUGUUGAUAACACUCUACAUUUAUACAAUGAUGGAACCAAACAAUUUUGUAGGGUGGGGAGUUGUACACAGCAUUAAUUUUCCAGUUCCAAAUGAUUAUUUAUCUAUUCAAACAUAAAAUGUAGGGUAAAGAGAACAAAAACUGAUACUACUACCUGGUACUUCUUGCUCUUCAACAGAGAUUGAUUAAUAGGCAUUAUAUUCAUGAUAGAUGAUGAAUCACAGUACAUCUACAAAAGUUCCAGAAGCUAAUGGCCCAGCACUGGCUAACAAGAAAAGUUGAUGAUGGUAUUAAAAUAAAAGCUAGUAAUACUGAUUAUAGAACAUCUAACUUGAACACCAGGGGGAUUUUGGAAUUAAAAGAUUUACGGUAAUGAUAAAGAAACUUGCUCAUAUCAUAAUAUUUACAUUUGUUUACAAAAGCAAAUGUGAAUCCCUUAAAGACAAAAGCAGGAGUUUAAUGGAGCAAAAUAGAAUUAUUAUCAAUAAAUAGAAAAAUAGAAAAUUAUGGAACUAAAACCAGCCAAUCCACAGAACUCCAGGACCUGCAUCCUGAGAUUAUAAUGGAAAUUUGUAGAAAUAACAGAGCAUUGGAUAAAUGUUAGAAUGAACCUCGACUUUUGGAAGAUAGAACAAUGUUAGAACAUAGAAAACUGCAAUCUAAUUAAUCACGUCCAUAGAGAGUAAUGAUCCUUACUCUUCCCUUUUUCAUGCACCCAUCGAAAUGGUUCUUAAACAUUGCGAUCAUACCUGCUUCCACAACUUUCCCUGGCACCUACCAGAGUGUAAAUACAAACUUGCCUCUUAAAUCUGUUUAUGGAAAACGUACCCCCUUUCACCUUAAAGCUAUGCUUUCUAGUAUUUGACAUUUGCACCCUAGUGAGAAAGACCCUAUUUAUGGUUCUCUAUUUCUAUCUAUUUUCUCACUUGUAUAAGGACACACCUCAGCCUUCAGUGCUCCAAUGAAAACUAAGUUUGUCCUACUUAUCUUUCUAACUAAUACUCCCUAAUUUAGUCAUCAUCCUGGUGAGCCUCUUCUGUGUACCCUCCAAAGCCACUCAAUUCCUGUAAUGCAGCACAGUACUCCAAAGGUGGUCUGACACAUUCCUAAAACCACUGCAGUGCAUUCAUAAUAGCCUCUCCUCUGCACUCACAGGAAUAUUACUAUAAUGCAUUUUAGUAAAAGAUAAAAAAAAGUGUGAUCAAUGUCGUACCGAAACAAUAGUGGGAAAAGGAAAACAUACAUAGAAAAAAGUAGCUUGUUUUUAUAUUUUAAAUGUAAUAUUAUUAAAUCUAUUGUUUUGAAACAAAUUAAAUUAGGGACAGUGUUUUUAUGGACCGUCAAAUUGCUGUUGAUUGCAAGUUGGCAAAUGUUGCCCUAAGACAAAAGUGAGUAAAAGUAAAAAUAAAGAACCACUGCCUUGUUAACCUAAUCAUUCCAAUAGAUAAAUUAUGGAAUCAAUGAUUAAGGGUGCAAUAAAUCACUGGUCCCCAACCACCCAGCCGCAAAGCAUGUGCUACCGGACUGCGAGGAAAUGAUAUGAUUUGUCGAUAUGAAAUGAUGAGUCAGCUGCGCCAUUCCUCAUUCCCUGACACGCCCACUGUUGAACUUGAACGCACUGGCGGUCAUUACCCAUGCGAGGUCAUCAGUGACACCCUCGCGCCAGGGAUCACUGGUUGGCCUCGGGUAACCGGCCGCCUCACGCGGCCAGCGGGAAGUGCCAUUGCUACUGGCCUGGAGCGCGGAUAGAUGGGCGCCGCCUCUAAACUUGUUUAGCACGCUGAAUGGUUGUGGGGAACCCGGUGCUAAAAUAUUCACAGACGACCUAAUUCAGGCUCAGGGUUUCGUAAGUAGCAGAGCAGCUACCUCGCUGCGAUCUACUGAAAGUCAUCCCUUAGGCCGUUAGAUCCUACCUACCUACAAGGGGGGCAGGCACAUGUACGCCCUGGCGCACUCCUCGCUCAGUCGGUUGCUCUCUCUGGACUGCGACCUCCGGCCCUUACCUUGUCCUCUCACUGGUGUGUAGCAAUGAUUUUAUGAGGAAAAUAUGCACUGUGUGUUUAAUAUUCAAACAUUACUUAAAAUGUUAUGAUGCUGUUGACUUGUGAGUUAUAAUUGACUCCUCACUAUAUUCAUGGGAGGAAAGUGUGUUUAAUAUUAAAUUCAUUAGAUAAAUCCUUUUAGAAAUAAAAUUGAGUGUAUUAGCCACUUAUAAGUAACUUAUAGUUGACUUAUCACCUAUAGUCCGGUCUAUUCCGGUCAUGAUUAACACCCACAAAGCCCCUCCACCCGUCAGCUGGUCCGCAAGAAUAUUGUCAAUAUUAAACUGAUCCGCGGUGCAAAAAAGGUUGGUGACCCCUACAAUAAAUGAACACCUCAAGAAGAAUUACAGAUUAGAAAGAGUCUUUGUGUAAACAAUAAUACUGGUUAAUCAAACAAAAGAGAUCUUUGGAUUUGAUAGAAUAAAUGAGGAAAAUCAUCUAUUUGGUGUAUUUAGAUUUUCAGAAGAUUCUCAAAAAAAGUGUUAGUCUCAGAAAUAAGCAGUCAUCUGGCCUUGCAAAUCAAGCCAGAAGUAAAGAAUUUAGGUGUUAUUAUUGACUGAGCUAAAUUUCAAAUCACGUACUGUAAUAACCAUAUUAUUAAGACUGCAUUCUUUCAAGGAACAUUGCAAGAGUUCACUUUUUUAAAACAAUCUCAAGGCGCAGACAAGUUCAUACAGACUUUUGCUUUCAGCAAUUAGGCUGCUGCAAUGCACUCUGUUUAGGACUGCCUAAGAUAGAUAUAAAUCAGCUGCAGCUUGUUCAAAAUGCAGCAGCAAGAAGCUGAGCACAUUCCGCUGGUUUUGGCAUCAUUACUCUGGCUGCCUGUGCCCUCUAGGAUCAAUUUUAAAAUGCUCUUAAUUGUAGUUAAGGUCCUGAAUAAUCUUGCUCCUACAUGUAUUGGAGUGUCUAUCCCCUUACAUCUCUUAAUCAUAAAAUUAGAUCUGUACAUACUAGUUCGCUUGGUAUUCCUCGAGCCAAGCGUAUAAGAACUGGUAAUGCAGCCCUUUGCUCUGAAACACCAAAAAUCCGGGAUAUUGUACUCAAUGAGAUACUGUAUAUCCGGCUAGUACUCCGGAAUGUUUACAAAACGCUUCUAAAAAGCUACUUUUUAAAAUGUCGCCUUCUCAUAGGAGUACUUAAUGCCUGCUGAUGUUAAUUACAUUUAGAUAAUUUGGUCUAUUCGAUUACAUUUUAAUCUACAUAAUGUUUGUCUUACGAUUUUUAAUUUUGUGUUGUAUUUUAUGACUACUGAUUUACUUUUACAAUCUAUGUAAAGCACUUUAAGCCUGCAUGUUAAUUUACGAAAGGUGCUAUAUAAAUAAAAUUAUCAUUACUAUUCUCAA